UGGGACUAAUAAACUCUGAAAACAGCUUUUUGAGCAACUCUUACUUAAAUGAAAAUAUAGCUAUAUAGAUGAAGUUGGCGAGCGGUUAACUUCCCUCCAAACAGAACCUUGUUGUGAGAGAGUCUCUUAUAAUCAAAGUAAAGUUAGCUAGUCGAUUUUCUUGGUCACCAUCUGAGAUUCUUACUUUACCUUCCUUGACAUACUCUUCAUACCAAUCUCCACCUUCUAACUUCUACCUAUAUACACAUAUAUAUAACUCUCUUCUUCUUCUUCUUCUUUCAAUUUGUGACACAAGUUUGAAUCUUUUUUGCAUGUUUUUGUGCUUAUGGUGAAGUUUUCAUGAUAUGAAUAUCUAGAACCAAAAGGGUCACUUCAAAUUUCAAGUUCAAGCAACAUGGUUUCAUUUUCUUCAAACUAUGCAAUAGGAGAAAAUAGCAUCAUGGCUAGUACUAGUAGCAUCCAAAACAUGCCUCAAACAACUUUAUCUCAAUCUCAACCUUCUUUUAUGACAAGAAUGGCUAUGAGGAUAUCAAGAUCAAGAUGGUUCACUUUUUUGAGAAGAGUGUUUCAUUACCAAAAUGGACCAAGAUCUGAUCUUGGUUCUAACCCUUUUAAUUCUAGGACUUGGAUGAUGUUGGAGUUGGUGGCUUUAUUGGUUCAAAUUACAAGCACAACGUUUACUUUGGUGGUUUCGAAGAGUGAGAAGCCUGUUAGGCCUAUGAGGGUGUGGGUUGUGGGAUAUGAUGUUGGAUGUGUUCUUAGUUUGUUGUUGCUUUGUGUUCGGUAUUGUCAAAUUGGUUUGAGUCAUGGUGGUGGUGGUGAUGAUGCUCUUGGUGUUUCUUAUGAUGUUGAACAACAAACAAACAAUGAAGAAAACAGUGUGUAUAGGAGCACACAUUUGAUGAGCAAAUGCAGAAGUUCACUAGAGCUAUUCUUUGCAAUAUGGUUUGUGAUGGGAAAUGUUUGGUCAUUUGACUCACGUUUUGGAACAUUACAACAAGCUCCAAAACUCCAAAUCCUAUGCAUAAUCCUUCUUAUUUGGAAUGCAAUUUGUUACUCUUUUCCUUUUCUUCUAUUUUUGUUGCUUUGUUGUUGUGUUCCACUCAUUACCAUCCUCCUUGGUUAUGACAUGAACAUGGGAUCCUCUUCUAGAGGUGCUUCUGAUGAUCAAAUCUCACAACUUCCAUGUUGGAGAUUUAAAGUUGGGCAUACCAAAUUAGAUCUGGACAAUGAUUCUCAAUGCAGUGAAAGAUUGAUCCGCGAUGAGCCGGAAUGUUGCAUAUGUUUGGCCAAAUACAAAGACAAAGAAGAAGUUAGGCAAUUACCUUGUUCACAUAUGUUCCAUCUAAAAUGUGUUGAUCAAUGGCUCAAAAUCAUAUCAUGCUGCCCUCUUUGUAAACAAGAAUUACAAAGGUAGCAACAAUAAGACAAGUCAACACACCAACCAACAACACAUUAAAUCUUAUAUGCAUAAUAUAUAUAUACAAUAUACUCCCAAAAGUUUUUUUUACCACUUUGGUUACAUGAGUGAGUUUGUGUGCUUGUACAGAAGAUCACCAUUCACCAGUAACCAAAAUUUUACAUUAAAAUUAUAGUGCUUAUAGAUCCCAAUUACUUUUUCAAACUAGCUUGUUGCCUGCUCAACAAAUUUCUUUUCCACACGUAGAUGUACAAUUUUAUUUUUCUGUGAGAUUUAAAUAUUGUGAGGUAUUGAUCCAUGUAUUGAAUAAUCAUGAAGUAAAUAUUUAUAUUUGUGUACUGCAAA